CUCUCUUUCUCUCUUUCUCUCUUUCUCUCUUUCUCUCCUCGUAAACCUUUUCCCAUCUCUUUCGAGUCCUAACCAUGUCAGACAACAUUCUCGUUACCGACCAAGAUCUUCCGAAAGAUAUCGUCGAAGAGAUGGAGGUUGACGACAACGACGCUGACGCUAAGGAGACUGGGGAAGAGACAACUAACGACGACAGCAACGAACUAGAGUUCCGCACGCCGGAGUCGGAGAAGAACAAGAUUCCAGUGAUCGAGAACUGCCCUCCGCCGCCGGAGAAACCGAGGAAGACGAGGUUUGGUAGGGCUGAUUCGCCGGAGCCGGAGCCGGAGAUGGAGACGGUGAUGGAGAUGUUUGAUUCAUGCACGACGGAGGAUUCCGAGAUGGAUGGACCAGAUGGUAGGUUUUCGUUGAAGAAGAGACUCUUUGUUGAUACCCCACCAGUCAACGAUAAGAAAGAGUAGGAAGUUGAUUUUACGUGUUUGUCCCUGUAAACAGGGAUAACUUGUAAUAGGAGGAGGGGUAGAUCAGGCUAGGUGGGUUGUGGGGCCAUGUGUGUACCAUGUGUGAACAUGUCUAGGGAGGAAUUGAAGAAAUUUACAAACAAAAAUUGGGU